CAAAUUUGGCCAAGCGUCCCCCCAUUGUCCUUAUAAAGGCCAAAUUGCCAACAAAGCUUUCACCUACCUCUUCCCAUUGAGAGCCCACGCCAUGGCCUCCAUCAUCCCUCGGUUUAUCUUCUUCUUCUUGCUCCUCCUGCUGGCCAUCUCCGCCCAAUCUGACGAUUGCGUCUACACGGUCUACGUCCGAACUGGGUCGAUAAUCAAGGGCGGCACGGACUCCGUCGUGAGCCUGAGGCUCUACGAUGCCUACGGCGAGGGGAUCUGGAUCACGGACCUCGAGGCAUGGGGAGGGCUGAUGAGGCCGGGCCACAACUACUUCGAGAGGGGCAACUUGGACGUCUUCAGCGGCCGGGGCCCGUGCCUCAGCGCACCCGUCUGCGCCAUGAACCUGACCUCGGAUGGGUCAGGUCCGCACCACGGAUGGUACUGCAACUACGUGGAGGUAACCACCACCGGCGCCCACAUCCCCUGCUCACAAAAGGAGUUCACGGUGGAGCAAUGGCUGGCCCGUGACGUGACGCCGUACGAGCUCACCGCGAUCAGGAAUCGCUGUCCGGAUGGGGUCGCCGGCGGCAGUAAGAUCGAGCCUCAUGUGGUGGCUGCAGUCGGUGGUGGUGGUAAGAUCGAGUCGCAUGCGGUGGCAGAGGCUGUGAUGUAGGGAUGUGGUGGACAUUGUCAUGGUAAUUUAAUAAAUGAUGUGUGAUCUGUCGUCUAAUGUGUAUGUCCUCUAAUUUGGUAAAUCUCGUGUUUCUGGGGAACUUUCCUUCUUUUCACUGUUUAUUUAUCAUGAUGAGGACAUGCCUUUUUAAUGACCUAGUAUUGCGUUGUAUCUCAUAAAAUAGUUGUGUGUGAAAGACAAUUAAAUGAA